AUGCUCCAGCGGAAAUCUGGCCAUAUUAUUAAUGUUGUCGAUGUGAACGGCAUUUUAGCAACACCAUCAUUGGGUCUCAUGACUACUGCUGUGAGAGCUUUAGAAGGAUAUUCGGAAUCUCUGGCGCUUUCUGUUUUUGAGCAAAAUGUCAAGGUGACUAUUGUGGAGUCUGCAUUAGAGGUAUCAGUAGGAACGAACCCACUGGUUCUGGCGGGUAAUGGGAGAUCAUCCGGUCGAGAUGAGUCUGUAUCAACUGAUAAUGGCAAUGAAAAACGGAAUGGAUUGAAUAAUGAUGGUGGACAAGAUAAGAGUAUGAUAGAGAGCGAUAUCGACAACAUCGGGAACAGCAAUAGUAUCCAAAAAGCAUCAUCAGCUCCUGACACAAGUAUAGAACGUGAAGCGGCCAAGUUUUAUUCUCGAUCGACUCUGUGUGGAGAAACCAAAUCGGUUUUUUCUCGUAUCAGUAUAUUUCCAAAAGAACCUUUCAAUGAUACUAUUCACGCAGUCAUGGAAGUAGCUGGCGUGAAGAAUCCUCCUGGAAGAAUAGCUGCCGGUCUUGCUCCAAGCUCACAAAUCCGAGAGUAUCUAAGUGCAAUGAGUGAUGACCUGGAUGAUUUUGAUCCCGAUGCAAAAAAUGCUCCUGAAUAG